AUGGAUCAGUUGACCUACCUGAAGCAGGUCAUGCAGUGGUUUAAGAUAAUAUCAGGGCUCAAAAUCAACCUCGGCAAGUGUGAGGUUUUCCCGGUGGGUGAGGUUGCUAACAUUGAUGAUUUGUCUUAUGUUCUCAGAUGUAAGACGGGCUCUCUUCCCACUACUUACCUGGGUCUCCCAUUGGGCGCGUCGCAUAAGGAUACUACGGUUUGGAACCCAGUGAUCGAAAGGGUUGAAAAACGAUUAGCAGGCUGGCAGAAACGGUACUUGUCAAAAGGCGGCAAGGAAGUGCUUAUUAAAAGCACUUUAUUGAGUAUGCCCACCUAUUACAUGUCCCUGUUGCAAGCUCCCGCGAUCAUCACAGAAAAACUGGAGCGGCUACAAAGGAAUUUCCUUUGGGAUGCGGUGGAUGGAACUAGAAAGUUUCAUCUAGUGAAUUGA